AUGGCAAGACUCACUGACGAUGCCGGUGAAACGUCUGGGAAUGUACCACGUCCACGGUCCUACUCUGGAAAUGAUGAUGUAUACUAUGGACUCCGGACAAGUGUGCCCUGGAGGCAUGCUGUAAUCGGUGCAGAGUUCAAUCGUGAACUAAAGCUAUGGAGCCUAGAUACUAAUAAUAUGCAUUCAAAGAGACUUGAAACAAACUCUUGGCGAUGCCAACACUCUAUUACGUUUUGUCCUCCUUGUGCUGCUUCACAAGUCCCGUCAUCCUCGCCAAUUUCAGGAGAUUCUGCUCUUGCCUUCGUCCAGCCCAGUCUUAUUCUCUCUAUGGAUAGUUCAAAUAACUUUUUAGUGGCCAGUGAUUUUAAACGAACGUUUAUGGUAUUUAUGUAG